AUGCCGUCUCGUCGCGGGCGUAGCUCCUCCGACCUGUCCAUGGGCGAGCCCCUCCCGCCGUAUGACGACCAGACGUCGCCCAGCUACGAGGAGGUUGGUCGGCCAAAUUCUUCCCGACCGAACCCCACCUGGCAAAGUCGAUUGGUGAUUUCCACCUCGGGAUUGGGUGUUGCCAUGAGCGAGGAGUCCCUCCGCAGCUUGCAGUAUUGUUUGACCUGGUUGCGAUGGGCAAACGGACGGCUGGGCAAAGCCAUCGUGGCCUUGCAGGGCGCCCUGAAGGAAUGGGAUAAUGCCAAGAAGGAUAACGAUACUAGCCAGGAUACCUCCUUGCUGUCCCAGCGUAUCCAGGCUGUCAGGGAGGACGUCUUAUCAACCUUGAAGCAGGUUGUAGAUGUCGUCUCCAAGUAUGCCGGAGGCGCGCUGCCAGAGAAUGCCCGGAACUUAGUCCGCCGACACCUUACUUCCCUGCCGCAUCGGUUCCAGGUAGCUUCGACGUCGAACCCUCCACCGGAUUCUAGUGCGGCAUCCUCUGACGCCACGAUCGGCGCUCAUCGCAUCUUGGUUCUGGCGCAGGAAGGUCUAGACAUGAUGGCGCAGGUGAGCGGAGUGGUGAAUGAUACGCUCGUUAGCGCGGAGCUUUGGUGCGAGCGGUUGGGCAAGAAGCGGCCCGACGGCAAGCCCCAGAACGAAGCUAAACAGCCCGAGUCGCACAAUGCGUCGUCGUUUCCGCCUGAUGUGAAGCAGCCUAUCCGCGAGUCAUCCCAGGACGUCCCAAUGACCGGGACAGAAGAGAAGGUAUAG